GGCGCGGGCGGGAGCAGAGCCCUCCUUCCCUCCCUUUCCCUAGCCGGGGUUCCUUCCCUUUUGCGGUUCGGUGGCCUCUCUGCUCGAGGGAGGGACGCAGGCGGGGAGGAGGGAGGCUGACCCACCUCUCCAAGUGCCAGUGCACCACCCGCAGCAGCAAAACUUCUGAAGGUUUGGAGAAGAUAGAAAACUACCAAGGAGUACGUUAGCAGUAUAGUAAUUUUCACUGAUUGAACUGUACAAGUGCCAAUAUGUAUCAUUCCGUAUCUGAAACAAGACAUCCUUUGCAGACAGAAGAACAAGAAAUCGGUAUUGAUCCCUUGCAGAGCUUUGUGAACAAGCCUGAAGAUGAUGUGUCAAAUGAAAAUGGAAGUAUUCAUCACAUUUCAGAUUCUGAUGGAACUUUUCUUUCCUACAGUAAAGAAUGGGAAGAAUUAUUUGUAAACAACAAUUACUUGGCAACAAUACGGCUGAAGGGGAUUAAUGGGCAGCUGAGAAGCAGCAGGUUCCGUAGUGUUUGCUGGAAGCUAUUUCUGAAUGUUCUCCCUCCUGAUAGAAGUCAAUGGAUCAGCAAAACAACAAAAUUAAGAAUGCUAUAUAACAAGAUUAAAGAAAUACAUAUUACAAAUCCCAGGAAAGCUGGACAGCAAGACUUGAUGAUCAACAACCCACUUUCACAGGAUGAAGGGAGUCUCUGGAACAAAUUUUUUCAGGACAAAGAACUUCGGGGAAUGAUUGAACAAGAUGUGACAAGAACGUUUCCUGAAAUGCAGUAUUUCCAGCAAGAGAAUGUGAGAAAGAUUCUUACAGAUGUUCUCUUCUGUUAUGCUCGGGAAAAUGAGCAGUUACUUUAUAAACAGGGCAUGCAUGAACUCUUAGCACCUAUCGUAUUCAUUCUUCAUUGUGACCACCAGGCUUUUCUACAUGCAAAUGAAGCUGCACAACCAAGUGAAGAAACAAAAGUUCUCUUGAACCCUGAAUACCUAGAGCACGAUGCCUAUGCCAUGUUUAUCCAUCUUAUGAAAACAGCAGGACACUGGUUUUCAACCUAUGAGCAUGAUGGUCAAAAGGAGAAAGACACAAUGAUGACACCUAUCCCAUUUGCAAGACCACAAGAUUUAGGUCCAUCAAUUGCUAUUGUCGGAAAAGUAAACCAGAUUCAAGAUCAUUUGCUAAAGAAGCAUGAUACGGAACUCUACAUGCAUUUGAACAGACUAGAGAUCGCACCACAGAUUUAUGGACUGUAA